UUUCCUCUCAGUGUCAGUCAAUCUCUCUCUCUUCCCCCACUUUUUUGGCCUUUACUCUUUCUAAAUAAAUUUUAAAGUAAUGGUAGAUUUUACAGAGUUUAAGAAAAGCGUUUGUGUUAAGCUUAAAAACAGUUUCACUACUAGCCAACAAAAACUAGAAACUGUGUCUGAAACUGCAAAAAUAGCUUUCCCAAUGGAUUUCAAUCUGAAGCACUGGAGAGAGGAGUCAGAAGAAGAUGAGCAUCAAUCAUCAACUAAGCUACCAAGACUGGACUCAUCAUCUCCUGCGCCUGCGCUUCCCUUGUUUGUACCUCAACCUCAAUCCAACCACUACUCCACCUCUGCCACCAAACUUCCCAGUACCAGAAUUGGAAUGGGAAUGGGAAUGGGGGGUGGUGGGAGCUACUUCAGUUGGGCUCAGUGGCAAGAGCUUGAGCUUCAGGCUCUCAUAUUCAGACACAUAAUGGGUGGCGGAGGCGUUCCGGCGGAGCUCCUGCAUCUUGUCAAGAACAGCCUUGCCUCCUCUCCUCUCCAUUAUUACCAUCCUUCUUCUUCUUUGGGGUAUUGGGGGGGCCAAGGAGGCAUGGAUCCGGAGCCGGGGAGGUGCCGCCGGACCGACGGCAAGAAAUGGCGCUGCUCGAGGGACGUCGUCGCCUCCCAAAAAUACUGCCACCGCCACAUGCACCGCGGCAAGAACCGUUCAAGAAAGCCCGUGGAAACUCCCACUCCUUUCACCCUCUCCCACCCAAGGAGGCCCGAGACUCAACCCGCCGCCGGAGAUCCCACGCUCCGGCAUUUCAUUGACGAUUGGCCUACAUCACUUGACGACCACGCCCCUCGCUCCGCUACUAACCUGUCCAUCUCUUUAAAGCUCGGGAGCGAUGCGGGCUCUACGGCUCAAAUCAAUUGGGAUGGGCCUCUGGCUGAGCUCGUCCGCAUCACCCAUCACCAUUCUGCAUAGCUUGCAGACCUCCUCUGCCUCCCACACUAGUUUUCUUACCUCUUUAACUUUUCAAACUCUACCUAACAUGUUUUCCUUUCUACACUUGUUAUGUUUUCCCUUCUUUCUCUCAUCAUGUCAUACACUUUCUUGUGUAAAUGAGCUCUGAGUUUUAUCUACAUUAUAUUCUCAGCUAA